UAUAAAUUGAUGGUCAGCAGAGAGCUGAUGCAUCUGAAGAGCACCCACUACCAGAAGGUGUCAAAAUGACUCGCAUCAUUCUCAUCUGCCUGCUUCUUGCUUCCUCUACCCUGGCUGACUCUGGUCAUUUUGAUGAAGAAGACAUUGCAGAUGCUUUUCUGAAGGAGCAUGGAGACUCCCAGCAGGGACUGAACUUUCGCUGUAAAGCCUGCCAGGCCAUUAUGAAGAUAGUGAAAAAAAGUCUCCCAGAGGAUGCUACCAAGGAUGAUAUUAUUAAAAGUCUCCGUGAUGUGUGUGAAAAAAUGCGUCCAUUAAAAUCAGCCUGCAAGGGUAUUGUAAAAAAAUAUCUUGAAAAACUGGUGCAUGAACUUAUGACUGAUGAUGGACCAAAGAAUGCUUGUGUUCACAUUAAGCUUUGCAGUUCAGUACCAUUUCCCUGGAAGGAAAUGUGAGCAGAAAUGGAUGCACAAGACCACAAUUGAUGCCAUUCUUGAUGAGCCUGUGGCCAGUUCUUCUCCAGUUCUUCUCUCACUGGUCCCUUGUCCUGUACUCUGAAAAUUGGUCCCAAUGAUACGACUCAAUAAAGUAUUAAAAAAUCA